AUGGCCCCAAUCCCUCCUAAGGGCAUAUAUGUCCCAGUACCCACCUUCUUCGUCUCCAAGUCCGCAUCCAACUACGACCCAGUCACACCAGCCGUGGACAUCUCCACGCAAGCGAAACACGCUUUGCACCUCGCGCGCAGCGGCAUCCGCGGCCUAGUAAUCCUCGGAUCGACCGGCGAAGCCGUCCAUCUAACGUCCGCUGAGCGGACGCAGGUGCUGAAAGGCGUACGGGAGGAGCUCGAGAAGGCUGGAUUCAAGGGCUAUCCCAUUCUUGCUGGUACUGCGGCGCAGAGCAUAGUGGAGACUGUACAGCAUUUGGAGGACGCAAAAGACGCAGGGUCGCAGUGGGGAAUGUGCCUUGCGCCAGGGUACUUUGCGAGUGCUGUGAGUCAGCAAGGGAUAGUCGACUGGUUUACGGCUGUGGCAGACAGAAGUCCAAUUCCUAUUCUAGUAUACCACUACCCUGGCGUCUCGAACAAUAUCGUCAUCACACCCAGCACUAUGGAGAAACUCGCCAGUCAUCCGAACAUCGUAGGCUGCAAACUCUCCCAUGGCGACGUGGCAGACCAUGGCCUCAUCGCGCUGUCUCCGAACAUUGAUCACAGCCAGUUCCGCACGUUCACUGGUCUAGGCCAGCAGCUGUUACCAGUGUUAACCUUAGGAGGAGCCGGGGCUAUUGACGGUCUCGCAGCAAUCUUUCCAAAGACUGUAGUACGGCUAUACAAUCUCUUCCAGGAAGACCAGUCGUUUGCUCAGCUCGAGAAGAUGAGGGAGCUUCAGUACAAGAUUUCUGGGGGCGAGAAGCUCGUUGUAAAAUGGGGUACAAUCGGGGUCAAGGAAGCUGUGAGUCGCGUACUCGGUUUCGGGGACAAGGACGGCGGCAGACUGCCACUGAGUGGAGGACUUCCUGGUGGUGAGACCGAAUGGGAGAACUGGAAACAUGUGAUGGAGGCAUUGGAGGCUGUGGAGAAGACGUUACCCGAGCUUGAAUCCUUGUAG